ACGGUGGAAGGAAGACCGCAAAAAAUAAUUAAAGUCACAAGUUGUCAUGCGUACUUUGUAAAAUAGGAGGGAAGAAUCCCCGUGACACUAUUAGGAUCUGUGUAUUACCCAGACUCUCCACUGCUCCUGUUUUGGCUGUUGUUUACGCAUGAGACUGUAACCAAACAGUUGGUAAAGUCAAUUUUACUGGCGCAACUCUGCCGAAAUGGAUUUAUCCGAGUGCAUAUGGUAGUGUUAAGAGUUAGAGACGGGCCAUUAGAAGCAGUAAUAAAUUUAAAAUGUAUUGGUAGGACGAUUAAGAAGUCACCAUGGGAGACAGAAGGACUUUCAACGUUGUGAUUUUGGGUGUGGGGUUUUUGUUCAUUUUCACUGCUUUCACCACCUGUGGGAACAUUGAACAAACUGUAGUGAAAACCCUUGAAAAUGCCACUUUUACUGGAAGUGGGUACCACAGUCUCGGAAUCAUCUAUGGAGUCUUUUCAUUUGCCAAUCUAAUUGCAUCAACGGUCGUUACAGUAAUUGGAGCAAAAAUUACCAUGUUUUUGAGUGGCCUACUUUACAGUGGUUACAUUGCAGUGUUCAUCAUCCCAACAACCUGGGCCUUUUACCUCACAUCUGUGCUCAUCGGCAUUGGGGCGGCCUUGCUCUGGACAGCUCAAGGACACUUUCUAGUGGAAAAUUCUGAGGUUUCCACCAUCAACAGGAACACUGGGAUGUUCUGGGGUCUCCUACAGUGCAGCAUGUUGUUUGGCAAUCUGUACAUUUAUUUCGCCUGGAAUGGACACACAGAAAUAUCCGACGGCAGCAGGAGAACCCUUUUUCUGGCCCUGCUGGUUGCCUCCGUCCUCGGCACGCUCAGCUUCCUGGUGCUGAGGAAGGUUCCACAUGAAGAGGAGAUGCUCUCCGACGAAGAGGGGCAGUCGCUGCUCCCGACACGCACCAUGUACAAGCGCAGAGCAAAUACUGCCAUGCAGGACACCAAGUCAGAAUUCAAAACCAUCCUGCAACUGAUAAAAACUAAAACUAUACUGCUACUGAGUCCCUGCAUGGCAUACAGCGGCCUUGAGCUAUCCUUCUACAGUGGAGUCUAUGGGACGUGUAUCGGUGCUACUGCUCAGUUCGGUGCAGCCGCUAAAGGCUUGAUCGGGAUCUCUGGGAUCGUGGUAGGCAUUGGAGAAAUAGUGGGUGGAGGCUUCUUUGGAUUGAUAUGUAAGAACAAUCGCUUCAGACGGACAUCUGUGGUGUUUCUGGGAAUGGUUGUCCAUUUUGUCGCGUUCUAUUUGAUCUUCCUCAACAUCCCGGAUGAUGCUCCUGUCGCCUUUGAAACCAACGCCCUAACAAGCCCAUAUCUGACUCCGAGCGUAUCCAUCGCCCUGCUGUGCAGCUUCCUGCUCGGACUUGGGGACAGUUGCUUCAACACACAGCUCUACAGCAUCUUAGGCCACGUUUAUGCCGAACAAUGCUCGCCCGCGUUUGCUAUCUUCAAAUUCAUCCAGUCCAUUUUUGCAGCAGUGGCGUUCUUCUACAGCGGCUACCUCCUGCUGAUGUGGCAGCUCCUCCUCAUGGUCGUUCUGGGCUUCGCUGGAACGCUCUGCUUCUUCGUGGUGGAGCGGAUGCAGAGCCUCUCCUUAGAUUUACAGGAAUAUUAGAAAGAAGACAAUUUCAUUUCAGAAUCGAUUAUUUUCUGGGUCUUUUCGGGAGGAUGUGAGGCGGUUAGAAAACCAGUUCUACAUCUUUUAUUUCAUGAAGUUUUAUUUUGUCUGUCCAUUAUUAUACACUAAAGGCCAUAUACAUUUGGAGAACGUCCAGAAUACUUUCCGUUGAUGCCACUACUGAACCCAAGCUGCCUUAAAGAAAACCUUUGAAUAGUGUUACAUUGUAUUGCUUCUAGCUCAUAUUUGUAAUAAUGAGUGUUGAAUAUAUUAUCUUCCUUAACUGAUACUUUAGAAUUUUUAAAGCUGUUUAUAGUAUUAAGAUGAGAAUAUACUAAUUAAUGCCUGACAAUCACUACUCUCUGUAUGUUUUUUAUAUAAAUUUUGCAUUGUAAUGUCAGUGUUUUUCCCUCAGUUUUGUGAGUCUUUGAUGAAUAAAGUUUUAUGAAUUUUGAAACUGA